AGCAGCAGCAGCAGCGGCAGCAGGAGAGUGUGGUCGCUGACGUCCGAGAACAUGUGAUGUCAGCGCUGGGUGGGCGCGGAGAUUUCCCAAACACAAACAUGCUCCCAGCAAGAGGAAGCAGACGCACAGGGACGAGCGGCACUGUUGGCAUAGACCACUUAGGCUGGAAGAUGACAGCAACGCACGACUGAACGGGCUCCGUUCUGAGCGGUCCAGAUGGCUGCGGCGCUGCCAGCAGGAUGUUAACAGCAAGUUCUACAUGAGCUGACAGCACGCUCAGACGCUGAGUUGAGUGUUUGUGGUGUCGGGAAGCAUGAGGGACUGGGAGAGGAUUUAAGCUUGUACCCUGGCGGAACCAGCGCAUGGCUCAUGUGGGUCGGGUCUGGUGCCAGAAAAAAGUGAAGUAUGCACUGUUUGUUUUAGAGAUGAAGAACAUGGAAAUGAGUGUGCAGUGAAAGGAAGCGGACCUGUGGUCCCGGGGGCAUCAUGUCAGCUCAUCUGACAACAUCGUGGAGGUAUUUCCUGGUUCUGUUCGGGUGUCUCCAGCAGGUCUUGUCCAUCCAGACCGGCAUCUGCCAGUUGGGGCACAACUCCUCCCAUGCAGACAGAUGCCUGUGUGCAGCUGAUAUUCUGAGCUGCACCGGGCUGGGUCUGGAGCAAGUCCCAGUAGAUAUGCCCGGUUUUGUCGUCACUUUGGACCUAAGCCAUAACCGCUUGCUUGAGCUAAGGCAGGGUAGCUUUGAAGGGCUGUUUCGUCUGCAGACAUUACGCUUGACGCACAACCAGCUGACUACUGUCCAGCCAGGCACAUUUGAUAACUCCUCUGGAGUCCUAUUGCGACACCUGGACCUAUCGUCCAAUAAGCUGAGGGCGCUGGAGCUUCACUACUUUCAGGACCUUCCAGGACUGGAGGAGCUGCUGCUCUUCAACAACCAGAUGGUUAAGGUAGAGAGUGGCGCCCUGGCAGGACUGGGCAGCCUCCGCAGGGUCUACCUUAGCCACAACCGACUCACAGACUUCCCUUUCUUCUCCAUCCAGGAUCACAGGCACCUUCAGCUGGCCAUACUGGACCUGUCCUCAAACCACCUGCGCAAGCUACCCCUGGAGUACAUAUCGAGCCUCCCCAGCAGGCUCCAGCAAGGACUCUACCUUCACAGUAACCUGCUAGUGUGCGACUGUGCCAUGUACGGAAUGUUCCGUCUCUGGGAGGAGAGAGGCUUUGCGUCUGUGACAGACUUCCGAAAAGAACACAUUUGCCGGGUUUACGGGAUGCAUCAAGGCACAGUGCGCUUCUUCCAGCACGACGGCUUCUUCCAACGGUGCAACUUGACUGCCAUUACAGCACCACUCAGAGAACAGCAGAGCAGUGUUGCUGUAAGCGAAGGGAAAGCGGCGCUGCUCCACUGCUCCACCACCCUGACCGGAAAAAAUGUCACAUUCUUCUGGGUUACUCCUAGUCAGGAGUAUGUGGCGCCGCCGGGCAAAAACGGCUCACUAAAGAUGUUUGCAAAUGGCAGCCUGGAGAUAAUGGUGACCCGAGCUGAGGACUCUGGGAUCUAUUGGUGCAUGGCUUUGGACCCAGAGCAUCAGCGGAAUCAGACGCAUGAAGUUAAUGUGACAGUGGUGGCGCAAGAUUCCAGUGAGCCCCACGACUCUUUUAAGACCGGAUACACCACCUUGCUGGGCUGCGUGGUCAGCCUGAUUCUGGUGCUCAUGUACCUCUACAUGUCACCCUGCAGAUGCUCCCCCUGCAACAAGGCGGCACACCCCGCCACCUCAAACGUGGCCGGGCCAGAAAGCGCCCAGUCCUCCAUCCUGAGUCCCACCCCGCCUGCUACCACUGAGGGCCCGGGCCGCAAGGUAAGUACCAACAAACAUGUGGUGUUUCUGGAGCCAAUCAAAGAGCAGAAAAAUGGCAGGCUCAGGGUGGGGGUGGGGCAAGGACAUGUGGGGCCGGGUUUGCUUCUCGAACCUGAGCAACACCCAAAGCCAGACGUGUACCCAGACACGCCACUUAUGCUGCCAUAGCAACAGGACUCACAAUGAAAUACACUCCUAUCCCUGCAAUGCCGCCAACCCCCCCUGCACCUUUCCCCCCAGACACCUCCACCAUCACGACCUCUGUGUCACCUGAACAUAAGCAGCACCUUUGCUUUGCCUUUUGACUGUUUAUCCAGCCAAGACCCAUUGCACUGUGACGGGAUGCAACACCAAAGAUGGCCACACAAACAAGUCAGGGUGGGGGGACACGGACCUUUAAACCUUUACAACCAGCGUGUACCUUUAAGAAACAUUGCUGCUGAUACUUUCCUGUCGCACGCACACACACACACACACACACACACACACACACACACACACACACACACACACACACACACACACACACACACACACACACACACACACACAU